AUGCCGGCCAUUCCCCAACCCAAAGCUGGGAGAGACAGGGAUGGCGUUUUGGAGGAUUCUGUUCACAGUUGGGUCACCAAAUUCCUGACAGACCGACAGGUUGAGGAACCAAGCGGUCCAUUGCCCCCAGUAUCUCCAGUGCCGCCAGGAUCUCAAGUUCAGUGUUCUGGAUGGGGAUGCCUCAGUGAAGCACAGCAGGCUGGGGUUCUUGUCACCAUUGUUGUGGUAUUCCUAUCUCUCUUUCUUGGUCUGAUUUUCUUUCUACGAUCGAAAAAGAAGCAGGACAAUUGGGUUGAUGGUGACCUCAUCCUUGUCCGGACCAGAAGACGACCGAGACCCAGAAGCCAAGCGGCCUCUAUCAAGUCACAGCACUCGCGCUUCUUCUUCCGACAUGAGGGACUGACAGGCACGCAACAGCCUCCUCAAGUAUUGAUCGCUCAUCCGACAAUUCUUCAUAUUUCUCCACCUCCUCCUCUGCCAGUCCCGGUUCCCCUUCCCAUGCCAAUGCCGAUGCCAUUCCGACCACCUCAACCGAUCUACCCCUAUCCGAUGGCUUAUCAGGCGAACCAGGCAAAUCAGUACUAUCCGAUGAGGGCGCAAGCAUUUGGAAACUCUCAAGAGCCCUCUGCAGUCCCGGCAUUCCCGAUCAAUGCCCAGUACCAACAGCAACCGCAGCCUUAUCCUCUAGCCCAGCAACACCCUCAUUAUCCAUGGAAACAGGGGCCUGGCCUUCAGCAAAGUGAGCAGCGCUCUCAACAGCCCCCGCGAAGAAGGCUAUCACUUGCCCGAAGGCUCUUCAGUCUGUUCAACAACCCAGUCGGUAGAGCGUCAACCAUUGCCAGCUCUGACUCGGACUCAACCCGAGCUCCAUCCAUACGCAGCAGUCACCAUUCGAGGACCUCAGCGACAUCUGUUGCUACGCCGCCUUCUCCUGAAAUGCGGAUCAAGAGGACUGCAGCGCAUGGAGCAGACGCGAUGAGACCGCUUGAAGUGUCUCCCGCGGUUGCCACUGUCCAGAGUGACGACUACGUCACUCCUACAACUAUACAGGAUGCUUUGUCAGUCCCAGCCAACUCGGGUAGCGAAGUUCAAUGUGAACCGCGGGGGAAGGCCGCCACCACCGAGUCUCCGGUCAAGAAACAAGUUCAGGCUGAGCGUGAUAAUACAAAGACAUGUCCGACUUCCAUACCGAUCUGCGAAGACACCGAAACUGCUGGAACUUAUCCUAGUCGCCCUGUCACCAAGCCCCUUAAGAGGUAUGAUCUCUCAACUACAGUCAUUAAUGGAGAGCUGACGAGACACAGUGCCCUAAAGAAUGGAAAUAAAUCAGCUGCAGGAGCCAGAUUAUGCAAUACGAAGAACGAUCAGAAGCCCUCGGCCAAAGAAGAUAGCAAUCAUGUGGACUUCGCGUCUAGUCGCACCGUCACUUCGCCAAUGGCCGCGGAAGCCAGCUCGAGCAAGGGCAAAGAAAAGCGGCAGCAGGGGAAAUCCGUUGAUAGACAUAGCCCCAAGGAGAACGCAGUCCGCGAAGUUAGUCGAGAUCAUCCAGACGUCUUAGGUACAGCCGUACAUUCUGCCGAGGCGCUGAAGAAGCCAGUACCGGAUCCUCAAAGCAGCCCGGUCAAAACAACAGAGAAGACACAUGACCAGAGCUCGUGUCCCAACCAGCACUUACGGAGAUUAUCGAGUAGAACUGAAGAGCUUCGAUUCGACGCGUCUUGUUCUGAUGUCACGGAGACCAGUGACUUGCUAAGCGACGACUCGCCGCCUCCGUCUCCUCCGAGACCAAUCCACCAGGGCGGCGGUAAGUAUGCUCCUGAGCAGCUGCGAAGGAAGCCAUCAAGAAGAGCGUACUAG